ACACACACACACAAACACACACACACAGGGAGUGCUCAUGUGUGCAAAUUAAACACAGCUUGUUCUGAUUUCUGCAGAGACUCUGGACAAAGGAAAUCCAGAGAGAAGAAGAACAGCUGCAGAUAACUGAGACAGACGAGACUGGGAUAGAAGGAGAGAAGGACAGACGGGAGCUCAGAGGCUCUUGGAGGAACUUAUAGAAAAUGUCCUGGUCUGGGUUUUGGAGCAGCAGGGCGCAGCGAGCAGAGCAGCUGAGGAGAAGCUCUCAGCUGAAACUGAGCUCCUCUCAGAGGAGCCAGCUGCUCGGGAACUUUGAAGUUCGGGCGGCGCUGCAGAAUGAACAAAUGAGCUCUCUGCUGCCACCUGUUGGUACGGAGGUCUUCAGACGCUUCACGCCGGAUUCUCCUGAAAAAAACCACCAAAAACACAAUGCUGAGGAAGAGGAGCAGAAGAACAAACAGGACCCGCCCAAAGCAGCCAAUCACCUGGAGGCAGGAAAGACCCUCCCCUUUAUCUAUGGAGACACGCCCCCUGAGCUUCUUGGUACCCCAUUGGAGGAUCUGGAUCCGUUCUACCAAUCACAGAAGACCUUCAUCGCUCUUUGUAAACACCAGAUCAUCCACAGGUUUAACUCUGAGUCGGCUUGUUACCUGUUCAGUCCGUUUAAUCGCCUGAGGACUGCCGCCAUCAAGAUCCUCCUCCACCCUUUCUUCAGUUUGUUCCUCAUUUUGACGAUUCUGACCAACUGUGUGUUCAUGGUGUUUAGAGUUCCUGUGUUGAAAAAUGCUGAGGAGUACGUGUUCAUGACCAUCUAUGCCUGUGAGGUGAUCCUGAAGCUUCUGGCCCGAGGCGUCUGCUUGGGACGCUUCACCUUCCUCAGAGAUCCCUGGAACUGGCUGGAUGUCCUCAACAUCAUCGCGUUUGUGGUUCAGUUGUUUGUUUUAGAAAAACUUUAUGCUCUGACAACAAUUGCACGUGUGUUGAAGCUCUUCGCCUACAGACCAGACCUGAAGAAGACCACUGAAGCUUUAAUCCAAUUAGUGAAGAGGCUUGCCGAUGUCAUCAUCCUGGCCGCGUUCUUCCUCAGUAUUUUAGCUCUGAUUGGGCUUCAUUUCUUCAUGGGAGUCCUCAGAAAUAAAUGCCUGUCUUGGUCAACCCAUGCUGAAACAGCAGACAACAUGACCACUAUAUCACCUCUGGUCCUGGACAACUUCACGAGCAGCUUCCCUGAUGGACACGUCAACUUCUCUGACUACAUCCAUGAUUGGAAAAACUUUUAUUACCUGCCUGAUUAUGUUGAUCCUCUGGUGUGUGGGAACUCGUCGGAUUCUGUGGCCUGUCCAACGGGAAUGAUCUGUCUGAAGACCGGAAGAAACCCUAACUAUGGAUUCACCAACUUUGACUCGUUUGGUUGGUCUCUGCUGGCUCUGAUUAGCAUCAUGAUGCAGGACUUCUGGGAAAACCUGCUGAAACUGACGAUGCAAGGAGCAGGUAAAACCUCUGUGAGCGUCUUUGUCCUGGCCUUCUUCCCCGGAUGUUUCCUGGUGCUCAGCCUCAUUGUGGCGGUGGUUGCCAUGGCGCUGGCAGAGCAGAAAAAGGCGGAGUCUGCUGAGGCCCAACAGCAAGAAGAAGAAUACAAUCGGAUUGUGAAGGUGCUAAAGAAGGGGGAGGAGGUGGAGGAACAGGCCUCUGGGAGGGCGGAGCUUCUGGACGAACAGGAGUCACCGCAAAAGAAAACACUGACCGCACAGAGCCAGGAGGUGGAACACGUCACCAUGGAAGAACAUGAGGAUGACCUUCGACCCCCUCGCUGUGCCUUUGCUCACAACAUCCUGAAAGGUGACUGUUGUGGCUGCUGGCGGCGGCUCAAAGAGAGGCUCCACCCCUUUGUCACGAGCUGGCUCUUUGAUCUGGGGAUUAUCCUUUCCAUCAUCCUCAACAUCAUAUUCAUGGCCACAGAACAUUAUCCAAUGAUGGAGGAAACCUACAACCUGCUGUCCAACACAAAUCUGGUGUUUCUGGCCAUCUUCACAUUGGAGCUUCUCCUGAAACUCAUGACUCUUGGUGCGUUCGGCUACUUCCAGGACCGUUGGAACAUCUUUGACUUCAUUGUCGUUGUCCUCGGUCUGUUGGAUGUUGGACUGGAAGGAGUGCAGGGGCUGUCCAUGCUGCGCUCUCUGCAAUUGCUGCGAGCCCUGAGGUUGGGUCGGUGGUGGUCCACACUGCGUGCACUGAUGAGGAUUGCAUGGUCCUCAGUGAGUCUUCUUGGUCUGGUUCUGGUUUUUGUGGUCUUCAUGUUCGCCGUGGUCAGUAUGGAGCUCUUCCAAAGGGACUACCAGGACUUGGUCUGUAGGAUCUCGACUGACUGUACACUUCCUCGCUGGCACAUGAACGACCAUUUCCACGCUGUCUUGCUGGUCUUCAGAGUCCUGUUUGGCGAGUGGAUUGAAACCAUGUGGGACUGCAUGGAGGUGUCAAAUCAGACCGUUUGUGUCAUCUUCUACAUGACGGUUCUGUUCACCGGAAACCUGCUGGUCCUGACACUGUUCUUGAAUCUGCUGCUGACAUCAUUCUGUGAUGAGAGACUGACAGCCAAAGUAGGAAAAGAAACCAUCACAAAGUGGACCAAGACCUGGAUUCUGGCGAGAUUCAGGACCUUGAAGGGACAAACCAGUUCAGAGACUGAAGAAAACGGCAGGAAGGAACAAUUGGCCUUAAGAACCGUCACCUCAGACCAGCAGAACCUUGAAAGUUGCCAUGGCAACCAGACCAAGGACUCCUGUGUUGUGUCACCUUGCCCGGCUGAUGAGGCCCUGGUUAAAACAGGAGAGCAAAAACAAUGUGAAGACGUCCAGGAGUUUAAAGACCCUGAAACAGGAAGUAAACCUGAGGACUGCUGCUGUGAAUGUUGUUAUCGCUGCUGUGCAAUCCAGGAUUUAGACACGUCCCAGGGUGCAGGGAGGGUCUGGUUUAAGUUCAGGACGGCUUGUCUCCUCAUCGUUCAACACAGAUUCUUCGAGGCAUUCAUUAUCUUGGUCAUCCUGCUGAGCAUCGCCGCCUUGAUGUUCGAGAGCAUCAACCCUCAGCAUCGUCCAAUCCUGCAGAUGGUCUUGGACAUAGCAGACCAGGUGUUCACCUACAUAUUUCUGAUGGAGAUGCUUCUCAAAUGGAUCGCCCUCGGGUUCAAAAAGUACUUCAGGAGCUUCUGGUGUUGGCUCGACUUCAUCGUCUUAGACGUGGCUCUGUUCUGUCUGAUUUUCAACUCGCUGGGCUACUCAACGGAACCGCUAAGGGCCGUAAGGACCUUGAGGGCCCUGUCUCGCUUUAAAGGCAUGAAGAUGGUGCUGCGAUGGAUGGCGGCGAGUGUCCCCUCUAUGUGCAGCACGUUGCUGGUUAUUCUGUUUGUCUGGCUGAUAUUCAGCAUCCUGGGGGUGAACUUGUUUGCAGGAAAGUUUGCACACUGCUUCAAUACGACGAGUGGAACAUUUGCUCCGGAGUUUCUGGUGGAAAACAAGUCCAUGUGUCUUUCCCUUUCUUUAAAUUCUACUGAGGUCCACUGGAAGAACAUUAAGUUUAACUUUGACAACGUGGGGAUGGGUCUCCUUUCUCUGCUGAUCAUGGCAACAUCAACAGGCUGGCCGGACAUAAUGUACUCAGCUGUGGACUCCAGAGAGGUGGAGUUACAGCCAGUGUAUGAGUCCAAUCAGUACAUGUACCUAUACUUCGUCUUUUUCAUCAUCUUCGGCUGCUUCUUCACCUCCAUCCUGUUCAUUAAAGCCUUCAUUGAUGCACUCCACCAAUAUAGACACAAGGUUGGAGCAAAACAUGUUUUCAUGACGAAUGAUCAGUUGAAAUUCCACGGAACUGUGAGGAAAAUGUUCUCCAAGACACCUGAGAAAGCUGUUCCACGACCACAGAACCAGUGCCAGGCCAGGCUCUUUGACUUGGUGACUUCCCCGAUCUUUGAGAUUGUGGUGAUGGUGUUGAUCUGCGUAUAUGUGGUGGUUAUGAUGGUGGAGACUGACGACCAGUCCAUGAAGAUAGAAAUGGUUAUGGUCUGGAUUUUCUUCGUCAUCAUCAUCCUCUUCUACAUUGAAUUCAUCCUGAAGAUUGUUGCUCUCCGACAACACUACUUCAGCUUCGGCUUGAACAUCAUGGACUUUGUGAUUCUCAUCUUGGUGACCUUAGGUAUCAUCAUCGACGACCUGUUAUCCAAGUAUUUCAUCAGUCCAGGUUUCCUCCCCGUCCUCCGACUGGCUCGUAUCUGUAGAAUCCUCCCGUUGUGUCACUGGGCCAGAGGGAUACAGAAGCUGCUAGUGAGCUUCUUGAUGUCACUUCCUGCUCUCCUCAACAUAGGCCUGCUCUUCUUCCUCGUUACGUACACCUAUGCUUACGUUGGCAUGCACAUCUUUGGUUACAUGAAGAAGGAGGCGAUGAUUGAUGACAUGUUUAACUUUGAGACGUUCGGGAACAGCAUGAUCAGCAUGAUUCUCGUCAGCACUUCCUCUGGAUGGGACGGUUUGCUGAGUCCCAUCAUGAACACGCCUCCAGACUGCGACCUGGACACGGACUGCGGCAGCCCAAUGGCGGGCAUUGCCUUCUUUACCUCCUACAUCCUCCUGUAUUUGAUGCUGGUCGUCCACCUCUUCAUCGCUGUCGUCCUGGAGAGCUUCAGCAGCAGGGAACCAGAAGAGCUGCUCAGUGACGAGCACCUGCAGAUGUUUUAUAACGCCUGGAGGAAGUUUGAUCUGGAUGCCUCGCGGGUCAUACAGUACAGCCAGCUGUCAGAUUUCUGUGAUGAACUCCAGGAUCCUCUGAAGAUCCCCAAACCGAACACCAUCAGACUGGUCCACAUGGAUCUGCCUCUGCUUCCUGGAGACCAGAUCUGCUGCGUGGAUGUGCUAAAAGCACUCACCACACAGGUGUUUGGUGAAUCAGGACAGAUGGACACUCUCAAAGCCAGAUUGGAGGAAAAGUUCAGCAUCCACAAAACUCAGGUGUCCCAGGAACCAAUCAGCAGCACCCUGAAGAGGAAACAAGAAGAGGUGGCAGCUGGUGUGAUCCAGCGGGCAUUCAGGAGACACCACCUGCACCACCUGGACAAAGUCUAGGACAGCAGAGCAGUCUGUGGGUGGAGCCACAGUUCAUUACAGUGAUCACCUGACCUUCUGGGUGAUGAUGGCUCCACCUCUCGUUGAUCCAUCCCAUAUGAUUUUCAACAGCUCUACUGUUUUAUCUUAGAGCUUCUUUCUAAAAUCCUUACUGUUCUCUGUUUAUCUAACCCAUACUAAAUUUUAAUGUUGUAACCAUCAGAAUUAUAUUCUAACAGCGCUCACCCUGAGUCAGUCUGUCUUUA